AUUUAAUCUUCCGUUGCCAUAUUCCCAAGGUUUUCAAGAUGUCCGUGUUACCCAAAUUAGUUGAUCUCGCAUCGUUUGUGACUUUUAGAGUGUCCUGUGGUAACCUGAAACUAAACCCACCCAAGGUUGUGGUGAGAUUUGGGGAUCCUGUGUCAGCGAACUGCAGCACCUCCACUAAACAUUAUGGCAUGGGCUGGGAGGCCCCUGUGGGAGCUGUAGACCUGAGGGACAAUGUUAAUGUGAUCACCUGGACAGUUCCAGAGCUGACUGACUGGGACAUGGAGGCAAUAUGCUUCAUCAACUCUGAUGAUGUACAGCACUCCAAAACUCUUUCAGUCAUUGUCUAUAAGACUCCAGACAGUGUGUCCGUCAGUUAUGUAAAUCACACAGGCCCAGUGAUGGAGAAGACACAGUAUGAGCUCCAGUGUGACAUUAAGAACAUUGCUCCUGUUCAGUAUCUCACUGUGAGGUGGUACAAAGGACAGACUCUAGUGGACAGUCAAACAUUUACUGAUGACUCCAAGACUCCAGUGAAUGUUUCUGCUCCACUCCUGAUCACUCCCAGUAGAGCUGAUCAUGGAGCUCAGUACAGGUGUGAGGCAGAGCUGGACCUGGGAGCAGAAGGACCUCAACCUCCUCCUACAGUACAGGCAAAGGCUCUAAAUGUUGAAGUGUGUUUGUCCUGUGGUAACCUGAAACUAAACCCACCCAAGGUUGUGGUGAGAUUUGGGGAUCCUGUGUCAGUGAACUGCAGCACCUCCACUAAACAUUAUGGCAUGGGCUGGGAGGCCCCUGUGGGAGCUGUAGACAUGAGGGACGAUGUUAAUGUGAUCACCUGGACAGUUCCAGAGCUGACUGACUGGGACAUGGAGGCAAUAUGCUUCAUCAACAUUGAUGAUGGACAGCACUCCAUAACUCUCCCAGUCAUUGUCUAUAAGACUCCAGACAGUGUGUCCGUCAGUUAUGUAAAUCACACAGGCCCAGUGAUGGAGAAGACACAGUAUGAGCUCCAGUGUGACAUUAAGAACAUCGCUCCUGUUCAGUAUCUCACUGUGAGGUGGUACAAAGGACAGACUCUAGUGGACAGUCAAACAUUUACUGAUGACUCCAAGACUCCAGUGAAUGUUUCUGCUCCACUCCUGAUCACUCCUAGUAGAGCUGAUCAUGGAGCUCAGUACUGGUGUGAGGCAGAGCUGGACCUGGGAGCAGAAGGACCUCAACCUCCUCCUAGAGCACAGGCAAAGGCUCUAAAUGUCGAAGUUAAACCUUAUAAUUGUCAUGACUUUGGGGGAUGUUAUGUUCAUCCGCUGGAGCUUCAUCCACCCAAGGUUGUGGUGAGAUUUGGGGAUCCUGUGUCAGCGAACUGCAGCACCUCCACUAAACAUUACGGCAUGGGCUGGGAGGCCCCUGUGGGAGGUGUAGAACUGAGGGACGAUGUUAAUGUGACCACCUGGUCAGUUCCAGAACUGACUGACUGGGACAUGGAGCCAAUAUGCUUCAUCAACACUGAUGGUGGACAGCACAACAAAACUCUUUCAGUCAUUGUCUAUAAGACUCCAGACAGUGUGUCCGUCAGUUAUGUGAAUCACACAGGCCCAGUGAUGGAGGAGACACAGUAUGAGCUCCAGUGUGACAUUAAGAACAUCGCUCCUGUUCAGUAUUUCACUGUGAGGUGGUACAAAGGACAGAAUCUAGUGGACAGUCAAACAUUUACUGAUGACUCCAAGACUCCAGUGAAUGUUUCUGCUCCACUCCUGAUCACUCCCAGUAGAGCUGAUGAUGGAGCUCAGUACAGGUGUGAGGCAGAGCUGGACCUGGGAGCAGAGGGACCUCAACCCCCUCCUACAGUACAGACAGAGACUCUUCACAUGACUGUGCAUUACAAGCCGAUAAUAGAAAUAUGUUUGAACUUCUCUCGGAUGUGGAAUUCCACCUUGGAUAAAUUGCAUAUCGAUGUUUUGGGGAACCCACAUCCAGACCUUACCUGGUUCCAUAGAGGAGCAGAGGUUAAAGCAUCUGUGCCCCUCAACACAAAUGACUCUAGAUGGUACCAGUUAAUUGCCAGAAAUGAAUUGGGUGAAAGGAGUUGUGACACAUUCAUCAUUGUGGAGAAUGCUCCUGAGAUUGACUGCCCUUUGGAAUAUGAGGUGAGGGAGCAGGAGGAGGUGAACAUUUCUUGCACAGCAGUGGGUUCUCCAACUCCUGAGAUCUCCUGGUCCAAAGAUGGAAAGAGAGUCGAUCGCCCGAAAUAUCUCUCCAGAGAAGACGGUGGCUCCUUCACUAUCAAUGCCACAAAUAAACAUGGAACCAAGGAGCAUGUGCUAAAAAUCAACGUUCUCUAUGCUCCUGAGAUUGACUGCCCUUUGGAAUAUGAGGUGAGGGAGCAGGAGGAGGUGAACAUUUCUUGCACAGCAGUGGGUUCUCCAACUCCUGAGAUCUCCUGGUCCAAAGAUGGAAAGAGAGUCGAUCGCCCGAAAUAUCUCUCCAGAGAACACGGUGGCUCCUUCACUAUCAAUGCCACAAAUAAACAUGGAACCAAGGAGCAUGUGCUAAAAAUCAACGUUCUCUAUCCUCCCUCUAUAGUCUCCUUACCAAGUGAUGUAGAGGACAUUGAACUAGGAGAUGCUGGGAUCACCCUUAAUUGCACAGCCAUAGGAAAUCCUGCACCUGUGUAUAGCUGGAACUCCACGCUUUUACAAGAGAAAACAGACCAACCAACCACUGCAUCUCUCAGUCCAGGGAAUUAUACCUGUUCUGCCUCCAACAAGCUAGGCAGAGUUUGGAAACACUUCAGUGUCAAAGCCAAGCCAAGAAUAUCUCACUGUGAGGUGGUACAAAGGACAAACCUUGUGGGCAAAGAGACAGUUUCUCACACCUCCAAGAGUUCUCUUCUACACUCCAGCUCACGCCGUGAAGAGCUGAUGAUGUAG